CACUACGAAAAUAGUGGAAUUCCUCGAAAAACACUGAAGUAGAUACAGUCUGUUUUAGGUGUGUCCGGUGUGUCAUUUUGACACAAGAUCAACAUAAACUCAUUCGUCCAGGACAUUGCGUCAACCUUACGGAAUUAAUGUGAUAUGAUCCUGUCUCUAAAUCUCAGCGAGAUAACAAUUUUUUCACGAACAAUCUUGAUCAUCUGUUUCCUUGGAUUUCUUAGGGGAGCACAAGCUCAUGAAAAAAUGAUAUCCAGUGCCAACACUGAGACUUUCCUGAGGGAGGCUGAGGCUUGUCGAGUGUUUUCAUCUACUUUUUAUAGAAUUGUAGGUGAACAGUUGAAAGAUUCAAAUAUUGUUUCAUCACCCUUGAGUGUCCACAUACUAUUGUCAUAUCUCACUCAUGGAGCCAAAGGACGCACCGCCGAGGAAUUGAUAACUGGUCUCAGCAUAACUGAUAUUGAGCGAUGGCACAUCGGUUACAAGAGCCUCAUUUCUUCAUUGAAUGGACCAGCAAAAGCCGACCUCCUCAUAGCCAACUCAGUAUUCCUCCAAAAUAACGUUGACUUACUCCCAAACUUCUCAUCAAUUGGAACAGAUUUCUACGACUUCACUGUUGCGAAGCUCGACUUCACGAAUGGGGUUGAUUCAGCAGGACAGAUAAACAGCUGGGCAAUGAAGCAGACAAACGAUAAAAUAAAAAAUAUCAUUAGUGCAGACGACAUAACUGAUGAUACUCAGAUGAUCCUCGCAAAUGCAAUUUACUUUAAAGGCUCUUGGCAAUUUCCCUUUGACGUUGAGAAAACGACUCCUAAGAAUUUUUAUCUGACUAAAGAUGUUGUUAAGAGAGUUGCUACGAUGAGCCAGAAAAAACGCUUUCGACAUGGUGAUCUUCCAGAGCUUAAAGCUAGAUACAUCGAAAUCCCAUACACCGAUAAUAAUCUAAGCAUGGUGAUUGUGCUUCCAACGGAGAUCGAUGGUCUAUCUUACUUGGAGAAAAAUUUCAACUGGAACCUGGUAUUGACCGCUGAUCACACUCAGAAAGAGACGAUUCUUAAUUUACCAAAGUUCAUAGUGGAAUCUACAAUCAAUUUGAAGGAGAUACUUCAAAAAAUCGGAUUCUUAGCAAUGUUCGAAGACAUUGCUGAUCUCUCCGGCAUUGCAACUGUACCUCUGAAAGUCAGUAAAGUACUGCAGAAAGCUUUCAUCGAGGUGAACGAAUUCGGGACAGAGGCAGCAGCUGUUACAGUUGCACAAAUAAGAUUGAGAAGAAUGGUCCACGAGCCAGAUGAAUUCAACGUUGAUCGCCCCUUCAUGAUGGCAAUUCGCCACAAACCCAGUGACAUUCCCCUCUUCAUCGGCAGCGUUCGUGAUAUUGGCGAAGCUAUCCCCAAAGAUGAGCUCUAACUCACCACCGCAUCUAUUCUCCACCACAACAGAUCCAUUUUAUAAUAUUUUCAUGUGAACAACAAUACAAAUCAAUAAAGUUGAUUUUUCUAUCACAA